CUGAACUAUUCAAUCUACAAAACCUUGGCACAUUAUCCACUACUGUGUAAAUAUUAUCCGCUCUGCAUAGUCCGGUAACAAUACGUGCAUACAUAGUUUUGCUAAUGGCAACAAAAUCAUGUUCACGAACUUUAGAAGUCACAAUCAUCUCCGGCGAAGGCCUACUUGUGACCCAAAGCCGUCCGGUCAAGAAAAAUGCUUUCGUUAUCGUCCGAACGGACUCCGUUGACACCCAAAUGACCAAGCUUGAUACAGAAGGUGAAAGCAAUCCUGCAUGGAAUGAAAAGCUGGUCGUGGACAUGCCUAUUCAUGCCCGGUUCCUGACGGUGGAGGUGCAAUGCAAGACUUCUUCCGGGAACAGAGUUAUUGGGACGGCCAGAGUUCCGGUGUCGGACUUCACCGGAGGUUAUACGCCGGAGAACUACUUGCAUUUCUUGAGUUACAGGUUGAGGGAUGGUAAUGGAGAGAGAAAUGGGAUCAUUAAUCUUUCGGUGAGAGCGAAGGUGCCUGAAAAUGCUUCGUCUUAUGCAACUUUUUACUCGCAGCCGGGGUUGAAAGUUUCGGCGGAUGAGGGUGUUUCCGGUGGGAUUGUCACCGGCGUUCCGGUUUGGUAUGGGUACCAACGGUGAUGGAUUUAACAGUUUUUAUUGCCUGUGAACCAUUAAUUAAAUUAUAAAGAUGUGGAAAUGUGUUGUAAAAAUUGAUAGUUAAAUUAUUACUACUAAAACUAGUACCUUCUAAAAUAGAAAGGUUGAAAAUUAGAGUUUAUUUGGAGAAAAAAAACUGAGUGUGUUUUAGUUGUAUAAAACGGACAACUCAAAAUUUUCUAUGUAUGUGUGCGUGUGUGUGUGUAUUCACAAUGUGUGACAAUUGUAAAUAACUCUAUUAUAAAAACAGGGGUGUAAAAAAAAUAAUUGGAACUAAUAAUCAGAUGAAACACUAUUUUUACAUUUUGUGAGAUAAUGGUAGUAUUCCAAAUUUAAAAUUUAAAAAAAAUAAUAAUAAAUCUCACUUUUGCCUCCCUCACACAAUAUCUUAGU